AUGGCACGCUACGAGUCGAAAAUCAAGGAGCUGCGUGACAUGAUCGAUGAUGCGCUGAAGGAGAAAACUCGAGUCAACAUGGAUGCUAAAGCAGCGCUUGCCGAACGAGAUAAUCAGCGUGCCAGGGUCUGUAUACUUGAACUCAUUUUUUUCCCUCUAUUAAUCUCACAAAAUAGAUUCCGUGGCGUUUUUUUGCAGUAA